AUGGAGUCUCUUAUCGCCCUCUGGUCGUUCAUCAUUCUCUUCGCGGCAGCUGCCACGGCAGUCCCGUACUCGCCCACGUACAAUUACGGCUUCGAUGCAGCAAAUUUGGUUAAACGCCAAACACAAGACCCUAUCGUUGUCACAAAGCUUCCCCUCGCCAAUGGAACUGUGCCCGUUCGUCCUGAAAUCAGGCAGAUGAAGCAGAACCCAUACAAAUGGAAUCUGUUCUUGCUCUCCAUGAGCAUGCUUCAGUACACGAAUCAGAACGACGAGCUCUCGUGGUACCAGAUCGCAGGCACGUUUAUUCGCUCAACACUCGAGCCAAAUCCUAACACCAGACAGGUAUUCAUGGAGUCCCUUUCGUUCCGUGGAACGGCUGAAGGUCAGGAGUCGCAGUACGUGUACAUACUAAGUCCCAACCAGCAAGUUCUCUUUCGCCUGGUCCAAAUGAUCGCUACCUGGUUCACGGAUCCAAGCGAGCGUGCUUUCUAUCAUGCCGCCGCGGCUGAUUUUCGCAUCCCGUACUGGGAUUGGGCUGCUCCACCGCCGGCCGGGGAAAGCGUGUUCCUCCCUGACUUCGAAUCCGAAGGCAUUCAGAUAUAUGGCCCCAACGGUUGGCAGUACAUUGCCAACCCGCUUUACAGCUACAAGUUCAAUCCGCUGGAUCCCAAAGUUUUCUCCCAAGGCGAUUUCCCGAACUGGACAGAGACCAAGCGAGCGCCGUUUGAGAAGACUGACAACCGCAGCGUGGCGCAUUCCAUCGAACAUGCGAGACCGGCUUUACAGCAGAGACUAUACACUCUAUUGUCAAAUUAUAAGGACUACGGACCCUUCAGCAACAAGUAUUGGGGCACAGCCACCAACCAGUCGCAAUUCGACUCGGUCGAAGCGCUUCAUGACGCGAUGCAUGUUUUGGUUGGCAACCGUGGCCACAUGUACUACAUCCAAUAUUCAGCCUUUGACCCCGUGUUUUUCCUUCACCAUGCAAUGGCGGACAGGAUAGUCACGAUGUGGCAAGCUUUAUACCCAAACUCGUGGGUGACGGCCCAGGUCGCGAUGGAGCAUUCUUUCACCAUGCCACCUGGAGAAGUCCAUGACGUAUUCACGGAGCUCAAACCCUUCUUUGCAAAUGCCAGCGGCGCAUUCUGGAACUCGGAGAUGGCAAACGACACAUUGCACUUUGGCUACUCAUACGCGGAGACCAUUCCUGGACAGGGGGGGGCCAAGUCUGAAGAUCGUACCCGCCUCAUAACGGCAAUCAACAGGCUCUACGGAUCAUCCAGCCCUUCAACCCUCGUUCAAAAACGCAAGAGAGCCCUUGGGAGACGAGAUCGUGGGAAGUUUUCGCAACUUCGACAAGGCACUUUGUCAGAUGAUGUGUCACCAGACUUCUCACGCGAGCCUCACGUUGCUGCCAGUCUUGUGACUGACGAUUACACAUACACAGAGUGGAUCGCCAAUGUCCACGUACAGAACGGCGCACUAAACGGCUCGUUUACUAUCCAUUUAUUCAUGGGCGCAGUUUCUGGAGACAUUAUUUCUUGGUCGGCGGCACCGAAUCUGAUUGGGUCGAUGAAUGUCUUCGCCAUGAAGAACAUGGGAUCCGCCAACCAUGUAUCGGGAACGGUCCCAUUAACGUCAGCUUUGAUGCACAUGGUAUCUGCAGGAGGCGUGGCAGGGCUUGAUCCAGGCCAGGUCGAGCCCUACUUGAAGACGUUUCUUCAAGUCCGCGUGAUUGGAGAGGACGGAGAAGAGGUUCGACCUGAUUCUGUCGUGGGUCUCUGCGUCCAGAUCGCGAGUUCUGAGGUCCAGGCAGCAAGGAACGAAAGGGAGCUUCCGGUUUGGGGUCCGGUUAUUGAAAGGUUCGAAGUGAACUUUGGUUGA